GCGGGCAGCCGAGAGGCCACACCGCGUCCGAGAACUCUGACCAGUAACACCACACCCGCCUCGCCUCGGUCACUAAUUAAUCGGGUCCAGGUCGCUCUUGCGGGAGCCAGGGCCGGACGGGAGGGGCCGUACCCUCAGAGCGCGGGCACCUUGCGGGGCUCGGCGGGGGGCGAGGCCGGGUGCGCGCCCCCCUCAGCCGGCCGUGCGCUCUGACCGUGCGCCCUGGACAAAGCGGGUCCCGCAUUCCACGGGAGGUGGCCCCGCGCCCUGGGACUCGCGCGGCCCGCUGCGGGGGGCGUCAGGCAGGGGCUGGGAAGGGCGGUUAGAAGCAUCCAGCCCACCCGGCGCGGAGGCAGCGGCGUCCGACCUCGCCGAGAUCCCGACCCCGCACCUCACUGUGCUCCCUGGCCGCGCCUCGAGCCCGGAGCCCAAACUUGGACCCCAGCCCCCAGCCGCAGCGAAGGCCAGUAGGUGGAAGCACCAGAAGGCGGCUCCUCUGCGGUGAAGACCUGCUCAGCUGUCACUGCAGCCUGCGCUUGGGCAGCGCUGGCCUCGCUCCCUCCCUCCUCCCUCCCUCCCACCCAGAGACUAGGACCACCCGAGGUGAGUGUGAGCCCGGGGCUGAGCGGGACUCCCGAGGGGCUCAGGGUCUGCGGCUCACCAGAAAAUCCUGCCCCAGGCCUUAAGGAGGAUCCUUGCCGGUUAGAGCCUGUACGAGUUUGACCAAGAAGCUCUGAGCUCUCCCACUACGAAUAAGCCAGCACCAUGGACUGGGGCACGCUGCACACUUUCAUCGGGGGUGUGAACAAACACUCCACCAGCAUUGGCAAAGUGUGGGUCACUGUCAUCUUCAUCUUCCGGGUCAUGAUCCUGGUCGUAGCAGCCCAGGAAGUGUGGGGUGAUGAACAGGAAGACUUUGUCUGCAACACUUUGCAACCGGGAUGCAAGAAUGUGUGCUAUGACCACUUUUUCCCCGUGUCCCACAUCAGACUGUGGGCACUACAGCUCAUCUUCGUGUCCACACCAGCCCUGCUGGUGGGAAUGCACGUCACCUACUACAGACAUGAGGCAGCCCGAAAAUUCCGGCGUGGGGAGAAAAGGAAUGAGUUCAAGGACUUAGAAGACAUCAAGAGACAGAAGGUUCGGAUAGAGGGCGCCUUGUGGUGGACAUACACCAGCAGCAUAUUCUUCCGAAUCCUCUUUGAAGCCUGUUUUAUGUAUAUGUUCCACUUCCUUUACAAUGGGUACCAUCUGCCCUGGGUGUUGAAAUGUGGGAUCGAUCCUUGCCCCAACCUUGUAGACUGCUUUAUUUCUAGACCCACUGAAAAAACGGUGUUCACCAUUUUCAUGAUUUCUGCAUCUGUGAUUUGUGUGCUGCUUAAUGUGGCUGAGCUGUGCUACCUGCUCCUGAAAGUGUGUGUUAGGAGAUCCAAAAGAGCUAAGGCACAGCGAAAUCCCCCCAGUCAUGCCAUGAAAGAAAAUAAACAGAAUGAGACCAACGAGCUGAUUUCAGACAGCGGGCUGAAUGUGAUCACAGGCUUUCCGAGUUAAACAUUUCCAAAAGAAAGCUGCCAACUUGACAAGGCUGGAGUCUUCCCUGAACAUAAGGCUGACCUAAACUUCUCCUCUAGGCUAACGACUUUGCCUUUAUAAAUAACUUUUACAUUACUUGAGUUAACUUUUUGUAGGAUAGCUGUAAUAUGCGACAGAAUCCCAUAAGUAGUUCAGCUCUGAAAACUAAGAUUGCCAGCUGUGCCUUAGAGUAACUCGAAUGGUCUGUUUUAAGCAGAUCUGACCAAAAGUAUGAAACUAUUAUUGUUGAUAAAAUUUGCCUAGAAGUGGUAAACACUUUUACUAGUAGAAGAUAUUUUUUAUAGGAUUGAAUGUUUUAGUUCUGACUUUGAAUUUAUAUAAAAUAUUUUUAUAAUGCUUGGUUCUUACUUGGAAAAGAAUGUAAUAUUGGCUUUGGAAUUGUACUCUAAAUAGCUAUUGAACUUACAUAAAUUCUCCUUUGCUGUAAAUAUUGUUUUGCAUGUCUGUUUGCAUUGACAUACUCAGAAGCCAUCUGAUACUCUCAAGGGACAAGUGUUUGUUGCACAACAUCUUUUACUACUUUCUGAAUGGUGACAGCUCUGUGGAAGUGUAAUCUUUAAAUUAGCUUCUUUGCAAUCCUUGUAAGCAGCUGACACCUGAACAUGUUUGCCUCAAUUAAAACCAGUCCAUUGUCCACGCCUUCA